UAUGUGUUGCACAACCCAGCUCAUCCAACACAUCAGCACAUUAUAUUAAACACAUUGGAGCGACAUUUCUCAACUGCAUUCAGUUCUACCAGCAAGACCAUGAAUAUAUAAACUAGCCAUAAAAGAGCAAAAGAAGAAAAUGGAAACUUAUGAUGGCAUACGACACGCUUUGUAAACUCGCGCUGGAUAUUUCGGUGAAAUGCGUCUGUUUCAGCCAGUCAUACUGAAAAGCUUAACGGAUGUUGAACACUGUUUCUUAGUGAAUGCUUCUCAGUUCUGUCGGAAUGUUUUCAAGAGGGAAAAGUGAUGACCGACUAGAGAGUGGAUCAGAAGCAAAGCGUUUGAAGAAUAAUUGUGCAUUGAAGUUAUUUUAUAUUUCUUGCUUUUUAUUAAUUAUUUUCUUUAUUAUCUUCAUUUACAUCCAAGAUUCCUUUAAAGCUUUAUUCCAAAAACCACACAUCUACCACAAACCCAUCAGUCCUCUGCCUCCAAAGGCAUGUGAUGUUCAAGUGAAGGACAGGCCUGUGAUUAAAGUCAACAACCUUAACACAUACAUGAUUGGCUCUUACAUGGAGCAUCGUUUCGAAAAGAAACAGAUAAAGAUGAUUGCCAUUGUUCACCGAUAUGAGCAUGUGACAUCCAGUUGUGUGAUGUGCUGCAAUGGGAGGAACGUGACGUCACCAGCUGAAUUCUCAAUUCAUACCGACCACUUUAACUUUGAAUAUGGCACUGCUAGCAUCACAUGCCCACUCAGUAGCACAUGUUUGUCACCGACGCAUGUUGCAAUAGCAGCCAGAGCCAACUUGGGGAGCAUAACAUCUUUUCAACCUAUUAGAAACAUAAACAUUCCAACAACCUACCCGUAUGAGUUUACGAUCUGCAUCUCUGUCAUGUACGACUACAAGAGUGUGCUGAAUUUAGUCCAGUCCAUGGAGAUGUUCAGACUGCUUGGUGCUCAGAGGGUGGUGAUAUAUAAAACCAACUGUGAUUCGGACACACAGAAGGUUCUGGACUACUAUGAGAAAAGCGGUUUCGUGGAGGUCAUCCCGUGGACGAUUACAAAGCACAUCAGCGUGUCCCACGGCUGGAAGAUAAAUGAGUCACCAGGUCAGCUGCACUAUUAUGGGCAAAUCCCUGCGCUUAAUGACUGUGUGUACCGUUACAUGUACCAAAGUCGCUAUCUGGCUCUACAUGACAUGGAUGAACUCAUUCUGCCUUUCAAAGUGAAAACCUGGAGGGAGUUGUUGCCUGAGCUUGAGAAUAGGUACGGUUCCCAUGUGGGCUUUGAGUUUGAGAAUAAUGUGUUCCCAUUUAAUGCAAAGGCUCAUAAGGAUUAUGAGCAAGACAAAUGGAAAAACGUACAGGGAACGAAUAUUUUAAAUUAUAUCGAUCGACUACCCAACCCCCCCAAAGUUUUCAACAACUUCAAGAUUAUAGUAAACCCUCGGCUAGUUUUGAAGACUACUGUCCAUGGCCUGCUGGCCACUGUGAACGGGGCCUUCACGGUCAGGGUGAACAAUUCAGUCGCUCGCAUGUACCACUUUAAAGACUUUUCUUACACACCAAACACAGUGCCCAUAAGAGAUGAUCAUCUCUGGGACUAUGUCAAUGAUCUUAUACCAGCUGUUUCUGAAGUUCUACAGGCCUGUGGACUGAUUAAGGCCUAGAAAGUAAAACUUCAGAGCGUUUUUAUGCUCAAAUGAUUGUAAAGAAGGACUGUGUGUCACUGGUCUCAGGUCAAUAAAAAACAGGGUGUUUAUAAUUAUGAUAAUCAUUGCUGGGGAAAGUUACUUUUGAAAGUAAUGCAUUACAGUAUUGCGUUACUCCAUUUAAAAAAAAUACUUAUUUUAUUACUUUUGUGUUACUUUUUGUCAUCUGGGCUUGGCUUGGCUUGCUUAUUCAGAAACUCUUAUAUUUGGUUGUAAAUUUAAAAGUAAUGUGUUACUUUACUAGUUACAUUAAAAAAGUUAUCUGAUAAUGUGACUCGCGUUACUUGUAAUGCAUUACCCCCAACACAGAUGAUAGCGCAUUAAAGCAACAUCAUAGCAAAUACAUAAUGUUUAAGAAAUACCAGUUUGGAUAUCAAGCGACAUAGCAAGCUAUUUUGCACUAAUUAAACUAAAAUUACUGUAAGUAGACGACACUGAAAGCCACGCACGUUAAGUUCACAAAUGGUGCCGCCUGCUAUUGCCUUAAUACAGAGAUGGUCUUAUUAUUUGGGGGACACGAGAGUCUGUAGUACCUACCACUAAAUCAACUUGGAUCAUGUGUGCCUUAAUAACAAAUCACAUUACAGCUUUGACAUCAUUGAAUUUCAGCCAGAGUUGUGUGACAGUCAACUGCCGUUUACAGAUACCAUAGGAAUGGAAGAGGAGUGUAAAAACAGAACAGAAUCCUACCUGUUGCAAAAAAAGUCUGUGACUUCUCUUAUAUUAUUUUUGUGAUGUAAACUCUAAAAAUAGUUUGAUCCAAAACUAUUGUUUACUGUAACAUAUGUUGAAGAUUAGGCGACAAAAGCUGUUUAUUCAGCAUAACAAAGCCUCUUUGUCACUGACAACCACAAACGGCCUCUGGUCUUCUUCCCUCCAUACCACCAAUGCAACAGUAUUAGCAUCAGUAUGGGAAGCCAAACACAUCAAACGUGGGACAAAACAGUGCAGUAUUAAAGAGUUUGUGCCACACUGUCCAUUCAGUGGUACUCGCAAACACAUUCUACUUGCACUAUUGAGUCGGUCAUGCCACUCUGUCCAUUGAGCCUCACCUAUGACAGGUCAGUGUGGCAUAAACGCUUUAAUACCACUUUGUUUCAUCCCAUUUUUAGUGUGUCUGGCUUACCGUUAGGGAUGAACCUAACGAUUAUUUUGGUAAUCGAGUAAUCUGUCGAUUAUUCUGACGAUUAUUUGAGUAAUCAGAUAAUUAUAAUACAUUUUUUUGUAGUAAUAAAACUAGACCUAAGUGAAAGGCCAACAGCCUGAUGGUUAUUUUUACACUUUACUGCGCAAUCUAAUAUGUUUCAUGUUAACUCAACAACAAUCUUUGUUUUAUAAAUUUAAAUUUGUUCCCAGUAGCAUGUUUAGGCACAUUGCAACCCACGCAAACAUUGUCUAUGGUAUUGAUCAAAAUAGAGUAAAUCACCUUUUGAAUGUGAAUUCACGCUUCAAAUAAAGAUUGUAUCAAUUACAACGUAACGCUAGCAUGUGACGACAUGUGAAAAAAAAAAAAAGGUCAAAAA